AUGACCUCCUACUCCCACUCAUCCUCCUCCUCCACCGCCAACGUCGUCGGCGUCCACUACCGCGUCGGCAAGAAAAUCGGCGAGGGCUCAUUUGGCCUGAGAGACGGUGCAGGGACGAACCUUCUCAACUCGCAGACCGUUGCCAUCAAGUUUGAACCCAGGAAAGCGGAGGCACCCCAGCUACGCGAUGAAUGUCGGUCCUACCGCAUCCUUGCCGGCUCAGUCGGUAUCCCGACCAUCCAUCACUUCGGACAGGAGGGCCUGCACAACAUCCUUGUCAUCGACCUCCUGGGCCCCAGUUUGGAGGACCUCUUCGAUAUGUGCGGGCGCAAGUUCAGCGUCAAGACGGUGUGCAUGGCAGCGCGGCAGAUGAUCACCCGCGUGCAAACCAUACACGAGAAGAACCUCAUUUACCGUGACAUCAAGCCCGAUAACUUCCUCAUCGGUCGCCCUGGCACGAAGACAGCGAACAUCAUUCAUGUCGUUGACUUCGGUAUGGCCAAGCAAUACCGCGAUCCGAAGACGAAGCAGCAUAUACCUUACCGGGAACGCAAGAGCUUGAGCGGCACUGCGCGUUACAUGAGCAUCAACACACACUUGGGGAGAGAACAAUCACGUCGGGAUGAUUUAGAGGCCCUGGGUCAUGUCUUCAUGUACUUCCUGCGAGGCAGCCUUCCUUGGCAAGGGCUCAAGGCCGCCACGAACAAGCAGAAGUACGAGAAGAUUGGCGAGAAGAAGCAGACCACACCAAUCAAGGAGCUUUGCGAGGGCUUUCCGGAGGAGUUCGGAAUCUACCUCAACUACGUUCGGAAAUUGGGCUUCGAGGAAACUCCUGAUUAUGACUUCCUACGGGAGUUGUUUUCCAAGGUUCUCAAGAGCAAUGGGGAUCAAGAUGAUGGUGUAUUUGACUGGAACUUGCUAAACGGUGCGCUGCUCAACUGUUUCUGUAUGCACUUCUUUAAUCUCUCGUCCUUCAGGCGGCAAAGGCUGGGAAGCAUCAGCCGUAAGUGUAAUCAAUGUCAUGUACAUCGCAGUUGCUUAUAA